CAGAUAUUUGAAAUAAAAAUGGAAUGAUAUAAGACUGAGGAUGCUGAGGUUUGGUGGACCAGUGCAGAUGCAGAACACGGGGGAUGACAAAUCCUGCAGUUCAUCACAGUCCUGUCAGUUUUUGGACAAAAUGGACAGCAGAGAAACCAGAACUGGAGGAGGGUGUCUGUGUUUUGUUCUCUUUGACUCUGGAGUAAUUCGAAGUUUGCAGUGACCACGUGUGAGUCCACCGCCAUGUCUGAAGCUGUGGUGAUGGAUCUGCCCAUAUCCAACGGCUUCUUGGAUUCAUCAUGUGGUGCAGGCAACAGCAGAGCCUCAGCCAAAGACCACACUGUGGAUCCAAUCAAUGACUCUUCAGAGGAAGAGAUCACAGGGGAAAGAGAAGAGGAGAUCUGUGCUGCUGAUGACGCUGCCAACCAGCGUGCAGACGUCUCUGCUGAAAACGCCUCCAAGACACAAACAGUGAGCACCCAGAGGCCACAUUCCUUGUCAGUGCCGACAGCAGCAGAACUGGGUCUGUGGACAACCCAAGGCAAUGGAGAGGUAAAGCUGAGGAUGGGGGACUCUGGUUUGGCUGCUGAGCCCUCUUUGACCAUCCACCAGAUGUUCACCUCAUCUGUGGAGUGUUUUGGAAACUGCACAGCUCUGAGCUGGAAGGAGGGCGACCAGCAAAAGACCCUAAACUACAGAGAAUACUACCAAGAAUGCCGCACCGCAGCCAAGGGCUUCCUCAAGCUGGGUUUGCAGCGUUGUCAUGGUGUUGGGAUCCUGGGCUUCAACUCAUCUGAAUGGUUCAUAUCCAACAUCGGUGCCAUUUUAGCAGGCGGGUUUGCUGUGGGCAUCUACACGACCAACUCUCCUGAAGCGUGUCAGUAUGUUGCUGAGAACUGCAAGGCCAGUGUUAUUGUGGUGGAGAACCACAAACAGCUGCAGAAGGUCCUCCAGAUUGAAGAUAAGCUGCCGCACCUGAAAGCCAUCGUCCAGUACAAAGAUGCUCUAAAAGAGAAGAAACCAAAUCUGUACACAUGGGCGGAGUUUAUGGAGCUUGGACGUAAUGAGCCAGACACGCCGCUUGACAAGAUCAUUGCCAACCAGAAGCCCAACCAGUGCUGUUCACUGAUCUACACAUCAGGGACCACAGGCCAGCCCAAAGGAGUCAUGCUCAGCCAUGACAAUUUGACAUGGACGGCGCUCGCCAUCAGUCGUCAUGUGCGUCUGACGGAAGCUCCUCGGGCUCAGGAGGUCGUGGUCAGCUACCUGCCAUUGAGCCACAUUGCGGCUCAGAUGGUGGACAUCUGGAUCACCAUGAAGGUUGGAGGAGUGACUCACUUUGCUCAGCCAGAUGCCCUCAAGGGUUCUUUGGUCACCACUAUGAGAGAGGUACGUCCCACAGCGUUCAUGGGCGUGCCACGCGUCUGGGAGAAGAUGCAAGAAAAAAUGAAGUCUGUUGGAGCGAAAUCUUCCACUGUACGCAGGAAAGUGGCAGCCUGGGCCAAAGACGUCGGUCUGCAGACCAACCUUGCCAAAAUGAAUCAAAACGGAGCAGCUGGUCGCACACCGUUAAGUUAUCAAGUAGCUAAGAGGCUUGUAUUCAAAAAGGUUCGCAAGGCCUUGGGUCUGGACCGCUGCAACAAAUGUUACACAGGUGCCGCUCCCAUCACCAAGGAUACCCUGGAAUUUUUCCUUAGCUUGGACAUCCCCGUGUACGAGCUGUAUGGGAUGAGUGAAAGCACUGGACCUCACACCAUCUCCAUUCCUGAUGCCUUCGUGCUCACCAGUUGUGGUAAGGAGAUGCUGGGGUGCAAGACAAAGCUGCACAACCCGGACAAGGAGGGAAAUGGAGAGAUUUGUUUCUGGGGUCGUCACGUUUUCAUGGGUUACCUCAACAUGCCAGACAAGACGGAGGAAGCUCUAGACACGGAGGGAUGGCUACAUUCCGGUGACCUUGGCAAACACGACAAGAACGGAUUCCUCUUCAUAACUGGCAGAAUUAAAGAGCUGAUCAUCACAGCAGGAGGCGAGAACAUCCCUCCUGUCCCCAUUGAAGAUGCCGUGAAGGAGGCUGUGCCGCUCAUUAGCAAUGCCAUGCUGAUUGGAGACAAGAAGAAGUUUCUGUCCAUGCUACUCACCAUCAAGUGCCAGGUUAAUGAGGAAACAGGUGUCCCAGAGGACGAGCUGACACCAGAGGCUGUGGAACUCUGCAAGAAGCUGGGCAGCAACGCCACUCGUGUCUCUGAAAUGGCAGGUGGUCGAGACCGCGUGAUCCAUGAUGCUAUCCAGGAGGGGAUCAACCGAGUCAACGAAAAGGCCAUCUCCAAUGCUCAGCGCAUCCAAAAGUGGAUUGUUUUAGAUCAGGACUUCUCUGUUGUUGGAGGACAGUUGGGUCCGACCAUGAAACUGAAGCGGCCUGUUGUUGGGAAGAUGUACAAGGAACAGAUUGACAACUUUUAUAAAGAGGUGGUAACGCCGACAACUCCAGACAACCCUGUGCCUCCCAAAUAGAGUUGCUCAGGACCUCCGGGAGGAUCCAGGCCAUCCUUAAAAUCUUUGCCCUGUUAAUCCAUGUUGGCAUUUUUUGUUUUUUCCUCCUGUACAUAUGUUUGUUUGCCUUAACGUGAUGAUUGUGUAGUCGUGUUUACAUUUGUGUGCACUGUAGAAAAGAAGAUCCAUAAGAAGCCAUUCUACAAAGGUUGAUGUGUGACUCUGCUAUCAUUAAGGUGAUUACUACCAUUUAUGUGUUUUUGAUAUCCGGCAAAUGUAGACGUAACGGCCAUUCGUGAGAUGUGCUGUUGUUUGGUGUACUGUAAUACUUGAGACAAAAAGGCAGAGCAUCCAAAGCUAUAAGACCAUGAUGCUUUCUGCUGGCAUUCCUCUUUGGAAAAUGUUUUAUUUAUGUUCCAUUUACCAAAGUCGCUGUUUGACGUCAUCCAAAUGAAAACCAUUUGACGUUCAGCAGUUGUUAAUCACUGGCAUAUUUAUUUCUUGUUUUUUUCUCUCUCUCUCUGCAAACCAGGUUUUAGAGUUUAAAGUUGUAAAGCUCAAUGUGAAACUCACUGUCUCACAUUUUAUUCUGUAAGUUGUAUGAAUGCAUUGUUUAAGCCAUAACAUCCAUGCAUUUCUUUUUCUAAAUGAAAACUGUGUUCUUAUAUUCUGUGUGCUAACUACUCUACAGGGGCGUAGCCAGAAACUCUUUUUCUGGGAGCAGAUCCAGUGUCUACUAUAUGUGGCUGUCAUUGCAAUUGAAGCAUUUUGAAAAAUAUUUCAUGAAACAAUUUUUAUAUACACUUUGAAGCAGUACAGUGAUUUUUGAAGCAAUUGUCAUUUAAUGUUUCAUGGAUUUUAAAACCAUGAAAUUUUUUAAAAGUUUGGUUUAAGCAUGUUAAAACACUAUUUUCAGAAAUGAAACAGAGAAACAUUUAUCAAUUGUUUCAUUUAAUACUUCACAGCUUUUGCACCACUGAAUAUUUUAUGAAGCAGUUUUUUCCCCCCACACUUUUGUACAGUCUGAAAUCAUUUUAUGAAUUGCUACAUUUAAGGUUUCAGAUUAUUUGAAACAACUUAAUCAUUUGUUUCAAGCAUUUUGAAACAGGAAAGUCUGCAAAGCCAUUGUUUCAUUUAAUGUUUUAAGCAUUUUCAAACUGAAUUUUUUUUUUUUUUUUUUAAAGUCUUGAACAUAUUGAAAUAGUAAACCAUUUUCUAAAGUAGUUGCUACAUUUAUUGUUUUGGACAUUUCAAAAUGAGUAAUUCUGAAGCUAGUGUUAUUCUGUGUUUAUAGUAUUUCAGAACCGCGGAUUGUUUUCUCUUGCAGUUGAUUCAUUCAGUGUUUCAAACACUCUGAAAUGAUGAAUAUUUUCUCACGUGUUCUGGGCAUGCCAUUUCGAAACAUUUUUAAGAAGCAAGUGCAUCAUUUAGUGUAUAAUGUUACAAAAUGGAUGGCUAAUUUAUUCUGCUCAUCUUGCAAAUGUAGAUUAGCUUACAAGUUGGAGUCCCAUAAUUGAUCAGCAUGUCCUGAAGGGUGUGAUUAUGGAUUUGAAGUUAGACUCUGUCCUAUUGUCACAGCUGAUUUUGAAGGGUUUGGGUUUAAUUUAAUUUAAAUGCGUCAAAUCUGUAAAUUCCAAACAGAGCUGCUUGACCUCUGCAGCUGAUAGACAAUAAGGGUUGUUCAGUCACAGAAUUCUGAUGUGGUCAGUGUCCAGUUCUGGAAAUUUCCACAUACAAACAGCAUAGAACAAAUUCACUGAUUUCAGCAUGUUGUCACGAUGAUUCCUUUUCUGAAGAGGAUGUCUCAUUUGCUACACUGAGCUGAGCAUUACAAACACAGAAUCUUUUAUUAUUAAAGAAUUGUUUCAUUCUAUGUUUCAAAUGUUUUGUAACAAAGGCUCAUUUGUUGUUGUGACCAUUCCAAAACAACCAAUCCUUAUGAAGAAAAGUGAUUCAUUUGCUACUUUGACCAUUUAGAAACACUCAACUGUUUGAAGUCAUUUCAUUUAAGUGUUUUGACACAGUUGUACUAAAACAUUGUUUCAUCUGCUGUUUUAAGCAUUCUGAAACAAUGCAACCUUGUCUGAAGAUAUUGUUUCAUUUGCUACUUUGAGCAUUUGGAAACACCAAAUUACUCUGAAAGCUUUGCUUCACUCCUUUUGAAAUAGUUAAUCAUUAUCUUUUGAAAUUUACUCUAAAAUGCUUUAAAAAAAAUUGCGAAGCAGGGUAUGAGUCUGGUUUCACGUGAUAUUUCUGGUGCUUGUGCGUGUGGCGAGUCAUGAAGCACGCCCCUUAGCUACGCCUAUGCUGCUGUUAAUCUAACCUUCCUUUUACGUGAAACCUUAUAUUUUAUGUUUUGCAUCAUCUCUAUUUUAAUGAUUUUUACAGAGUAACCAGUGCAGCGUCAUUGUCGUGACUCAUAUUUGCCUGUUAAAUAAAGUAGGGAAUGUACAUGUGUAAACAAUGUUAAAACUGUCCUCACUGGUUUGGUGUAGGCCUCACACACAAAUAAUCAAAAUGCUGACUAAAGACAUUGCAAAAAG